CCACCAUCUUCAGCUCUUCUUCACUCCCUCUUGCACGCUCAGGCGGUUCCUCCCUGUGAGCACUGUCCUGCGGGGGAAAGGUGGUGAGAGAUACGGUUUCUGUAACAAUGGAAAUUCAAUCAGGAAAUGAGGAGGAGGAGGUGGCGAGAGCCACGCCGGCGACCUCGGCCGUCGUUUCCCAUAGUGCCUCUGGCCCACCCAGAGAGGACCUGCAGGCUGCUCAGAAGAUCGAGAGGUUCGACAUCUCACUCGAAAGCCUGAAGAGGAUGUUUGAGAAGCCUGCAGAAGUGACAAACGUCCACACAUCCCCGACUAAAAGACAGACAUCGAGUAGGAUCUGGCAGUCUGAGCGGUCAGCAGAUCACAGCAUGGCCUCCUCUCAGGACCCUCAACUCUCUGCAGACAGCACAGGUACAUCCAGGUUGAGAGGUGCAGACAAAGGACAGAGCCAAGAAAACAGGGCCCUCAGCACAGAGGACCAGGAGGUCGAGUCGGUGUCAGUGAAGGAACGGCUGGCGAUGUAUCAGGCUGCCGUGUCCAAGAAAGAAAGCAGCAGCUCCACCUCGCCUGCGAUAAUGGAUGAGGCACAGGCGUGCUCGCUGCCCGGUGGCCUGGCCAGUGUAAAGAGGCAAUUUGAGAACCAGGAGUUUGCCUCAUCAUCCUCCCAGUCCGUGGUCAGCCAGUACCACUUCCAACAGAGAUCUGUCCAGGAGACGUCAAGCUCUUCGGAGGUGACAGUGAGAAGCAGUGCGAGAGAGGUCGUCCCCACCACAGCCAUCUUUCACAGUCAGCAAGAGGUAAUCCACGAUCAAAGACUUCACCAGGACAGCAAUCCCUCUGGUUACGGAAACCUUUACAACGAAACAGUUACACUCAUUGGAGGAGAGGAUCUACCAAAGGUUUCCACUCAGGUUUUGAAGCAGCAGUAUGAAAAAACUAUUGAGGAAGCUGCACCAGCCAAGGAGAUUAAGGUUGAUGUGGAUUUCCACCAGUUUCAGUGGGCACCAGUUGGCCAGUCUUCAAAACCUACAAUGAUGAAGAGUUAUGAGAGCUCAUCUGCUAUAAAGUCCGCUUCAGUGGCUGCCUCUUCAGUGGCUUAUGAAACGACAGAAAAUUUCACCGCGCCACCUACAAACCUGCAGGUAUCACAAGAACCUGCUCAGAACUCUUUGCAAACUGCCGACCCAGAGUCCCAUCAUAAGUACACUGAUAAUAAGGAACAGUUCUUCAAACAUAAGAGCAUGGCUGAACUGAAGCGCCUCUACAAACACAUACAUCCAGAUGUUCGCAAGAACCUUGAAGCAGACUUCUUAAACCAGCUAACAGAGUCAGAAAAGGCACAGUUCUACAGCGAAGAAUCCAUGGGAGAUGUACAGCAGGCAUGUUAUAUGUUUGAAAAUGAUGGCAACAGCCAAAGUUCAAGCCCUGAUAGAGACUCUGUAGAGUGGGAUGAGAUCCUUAGAGGAGAAGUACAGUCAAUGCGCUGGAUGUUUGAAAACAGACCAUUAGAUACAAUCAAAGAUGAAACGCCGGAUGAGGAUGAGGUGAGAAAUAUUGCACAGAAAGAAAUCAUAGCCGGGAAAGAUGUGAAAUACACAGCGUGGAUGUUUGAGACUCACCCCAUGGAUGCUCUUGGAAAUGAGACUCCCGAUUCCACCGAACAGUCACAAAAGCCAUCCGAUCUUGCCAGAGGAGAUGUUCGCACUGCUACAUGGCUUUUUGAGACACAGCCACUUGACUGUCUGAACAAGAUCUACCAAGAAGAUGAGCAGCAUCUGGAUGUGGUCGUCUCAAAAGACAUCACAGGAGGAGAUGUGAAAACUGUCAGAUAUCUAUUUGAGACCCAGCACCUGGAUUCUCUAGGUAAAACUGAAACUAUUGAAGAGAGACACUUCUUAAACCUUAAGUCGGAGUUGGAAGAGAUCAAGGGGGACGUGAAAACAACUACACGAAUGUUUGAGACGCAGCCCAUGUGUGUCAUCAGGGGUGAUUCUGGAGAGAUGCUGGAGAUCACCACCAUUCGCAGGGAGGAGACUGAGAAAGGAGAUGUGAAGUCAUCACGCUGGAUGUUUGAAACCCAGCCUCUGGACAUGAUCAACAAAGACCCUUCACAGGUAAAGCUGAUAUGUCGUAUUUCCAUGGAAGACAACAUUCAGUGUGGUGUGAACAAAGGUAGAUGGCUUUUUGAGACAAAGACUCUGGACACCAUUAAAGAUGAGGAAUGGGAGAGUUCCCAGAACAAAAAAGAAGAAAUAAUUGGAGCUGAUGUCAGAAAGCAUUGCCUGGUGUUUGAGACUCAGCCUAUGGACACGCUGAAAGACAACGCCAAUGCUCGACCUGUUCCCUCAGAGGAAAUUGUAGGAGGUGACGUUCAAUCGACUAGACAUCUGUUUGAAACAGUGCCAAUGGAAAAGCUGAAGGAGCUGCUCGAAGUAGGAAAACUUCAGAAAAGAGUUGCAUCUGAAGAAGAGAAGGGUGAUGUGAGACAUCAAACGUGGGUCUUUGAAAGUCAGCCACUUGAAAAUAUAAGGGAGGAGAAAAAGGAAAUUACAAGAACUGUGAACAUCGAAGAUCUCCACAAAGGAGACGUGACAAAUUAUAAAGAGAGAUUUGAAAGUAUGGAUUUAAGUAAAUGUGAGGGGACACAGAAAAUUCAAGUUGAGGGUGUCACAACUGGAUCCGUCAAAUCUAACAGAGUCCUGUUUGAAUCUACCCCUUUAUAUGCUAUGCAAGACAGCUGCGGCCAUUACCAUGAGGUGAAGACCGUGCGGCGUGAGGAGAUAGUGAAGGGUGAUGUGCGGAGCUGCCGAUGGAUGUUCGAAACACGUCCUAUUGAUGAGUUUGACGAGAGUAUCGAUAAGUUUCAGAUCAUAAAAGGCAUAUCCAAGCAGGAGAUUGCCUCAGGGGAUGUCAAAACUGCCAAAUGGUUAUUUGAAACUCAACCACUUGAUGCUAUAAAAUAUUUCAAUAACGUUGAAGAUGAGGAACACAUAGCUGAAAAAGAGAUUGAAAUUCAGAAAGGGGACGUGAAAACAUGUAGGUGGCUAUUUGAGACUCAGCCAAUGGACGUCCUCUACGAAAAGGUAGAGAAAGAUGAAUCUGACGCUGAGGAAUUGCAAAAAGGAGAUGUCAAAACCUGCACUUGGCUCUUCGAGACCCAGUCCCUUGAUAACAUACGCGACCACACAGAUUCCGAGUCUGAGACAAUUCUCAAAGCCUGCACUGUAAAGCAAGAGGAUAUCCAAGGCAAAGAUGUGCGACUGGCUCGCUUCCUCUUUGAAACUGAGAACCUGGAAAACCUCACAGGUGCAGAUGUUGGCUCUUUCAGGCGGGUGACAGAAAUAGACAUUCAGUCUGGCGAUGUUUCCAGAAUGAAGUACAUCUUCGAGAAUUGCUCCUCUGACAUUAUGAGCUCUACCUCUGAAGAAACAAUGCAGAAAUUGAAGACAAAGCAGGCAGAAGACAUUCAAAAAGGAAAUGUGGUGAAUUGUACCUGGAUGUUUGAGAAUCAGCCAAUUGACGCCAUCCGUGAGGAUUUGGAGGAGACCAGAGAAAUUCGCACCGUGACUGACGUUCAGGGGGGCAACGUUGACAAAGGCCGUUUUAUUUUUGAGACCUACUCUCUUGAUCAGAUUAAAGAGGAGUCCACCGAGACUGAUAUUUCAAAGCUGACUGCUGUCAUUAGAGAGGAAAGGGAAAAGGGUGAUGUGAAAAAUUACACAAUGAUGUUUGAAACCCAGCCACUCUAUGCUAUCCGUGACAAAGAGGGCCAUUACCACGAAGUAACUACAGUUACCAAGGAAGAAAUCUUGAGAGGUGAUGUGUUGGGGGCCCGAUGGCUGUUUGAAACAAAGCCACUUGAUUCAAUUAGAGACUCAGACGAGGUCUAUAUUAUUAAAGCUGUGACUGAAGAAGGCAUUAACAAAGGAGAUGUUAGCUUGGCUAGAUGGAAAUUUGAAACACAGCCUCUUGAUGAAAUUACAGAGGAAAUCAAAGUAAGGUCUAAAACAGUUGCAGACAUCCAAUGUGGUGAUGUGAAGACAAACAAGCAGAGAUUUGAGACUGAUGAGAUGCCUCAGAAGUACAUCAGAACAGUUAGUGUGAGUGAGAUACAUAAAGGAGAUGUCAAAUCUGCCACGUGGAUGUUUGAAACACGCACAAUUGAUGAGAUCCACAAUGAAGGCAGCGAAUAUGAUGACAUGGAGAAAGUGACAAAAGAAGAAGUGAUGAAAGGCGAUGUCAAACAGUCUGUGUGGCUCUUUGAAAAGCAGCCCCUCGACAGUAUCAAAGAGCCCGACACCACAGGGCCAAUUGUCACUAAAGAGGAAAUCCCGCGGGCUGACGUCAAGACAACAACAUGGAUGUUCGAAACCACUCCUUUCCAUGAAUUCAAUGAAAGCAGCAUGGAAAAGACAGAAAUAAUAGGCAAAAGUAUUAAAGAGACACUUGAGGAGCUUUACUGUCAGGAAAUGGUCAAAUCACAAGGUAUUCUUAUUGAGGCUGAUGAGAUCGGAGAUGUCAGGAUGGCCAAAUAUAAACUGAUGAACCAGGAAGCCCCACAGAUCCAAAGAGAGGAGGUUAUUAGAGGGGACUUGAGCAACAUUAUGAUGAAUCUUCUCAGCCGUCGAGAGACCACUGAAAGGGGGAUAACUAUUGAUGAAGAGGAGAGGGGGGACAUCAACACCACUGUAAAGCAGCUAUUCAACCAGGAAAGGGAAAUCAAUGUUGAGAAGGAGGAAAUUAUCCACGGUGACAUUCAAGAGGCCAUUAACAGUCUGCUGGAGAGUAAGGGCUCCUCCAAGCGUGGUAUUCUGAUCCAGGAAGACGAGAAAGGAAAUGUAAGGAUGACUAUCUAUUCCCUCUUGAAUAAAGGUGACAGUGAUAGCAUGGAGAAAGAGAACAUCAUCCAGGGUAAUGUCAGCAGAACCCUUCACCGUCUUUUGUCCAACGCAGGAUUGGAAGACUCUAAAAAGAUUCGGAUAGAAGACACAGAAAGAGGGAAUGUUAGCUUUUACACCACAUGUAUUGAGUCUGGAGCCUUAGAUUACCUGAAGCAGCUUCAGUCUGAAUCAAAUGAAGCUGAGGAAAAAGUAGAGAAGGAAUGCAUUAUAGGUGGUGAUGUGGAAGAGACAAAAAUCUUAUUGAGAAGGAAUCAGCAACACAUAGGGCGCACCGUUGCAGAGGAUGAUAUAGUCCCUGGUGAUGUGCACAGCACUGUUAAGGUCUUCAUGACGGAGCCAGCUGUUACCUACAGGAACCUUGACGGAAAGGACAUUGUUAAAGGCGACCUUAGUGCAGCUCUGGACUCACUGACUCAAGCCAUUAAUCAGAAAGUGGUUGUAGAGAAAGAGGAGGUGGUGAAAGGAGACAUACCCACUACUUUGAGGUCUCUGGAGGAAGCCCAACAUUAUGCCAGAGACUUAGAAAAGCCAGAAAUUGUCAGGGGAGACAUUAAAGGUGCUCUUGAGUCUCUGGAGAAAUUAGCGACUACUAAAAUGGAACUAACUGUGGAGGAUUUAGUGCCAGGUGAUAUCAAAGGGACACUGAGGUCCCUAGAAGAAGCAAAGCAAGCUGUGAAAGAGGUGGAAAAAGACAAGAUCGUUAAAGGAGACAUUUACACUGCCAUUCAGAGUCUGCAUGAGGCAUCAAGUGAGAAAAAGAUUUACCAGCAUCAAGUGAGCGAGCAAGGUGAUGUCAAAGCCACUAUCCAGCUGCUGUUCGAGCCAAUGACGUCUCCAAGAAUGCAGCGUAGGGGGAGCAUCGAAGGUGAUGUGAAAUUGUCCAUAAAAUCACUCUGCGAAGGACAAGAAACAACACAGGUUGAAAAAGAGGAGGUAGUAAAGGGUGAUGUUCAAGGGACGAUAAAAAGUCUGAUGCAAAGAAAACAGUAUUCAAAUCCAAAGCAUAUGUAUACUUCUAAAAAAGCAAAAGUGCCUGUGAAAAAUCCAUUAACUCCGAAGCAAGUGGAGCACGAAGGCUUACAUGAAUGUAAGAGUGAGAACAUAGCCGUCAAUCCUCCCCCCGCUGUGAGGAACCUUUCUCAGAGCAGUGAAUCACAAAAGCUUGCACAGAAACAUAAAUCGGCGAAAACGCACAUAAUAACCCAAGAGGAUCGCUCUGUUACCAUCUCCAAAACAGACAAUGCUACUGGGACAUGUCAACAGGCAUACAUGAAAGAGCAGAGCGUGAAACAAAAAACGCUACCCCUGAAGAAAAUGCAGGCACCGAAGCCCGCGAAGGUAAAGAAUACACAAGUGAUUAAUAAUGAUCAAACAGAGGCCAAAACAGCUGUUGAUGUGAACAUGAUGAAAGAGGUAAAAUGCACAUCACAGGCAAAUGUUUCCAACAAGCAAACAUGUGAAUCAAAGGCAGUCACACAAGUACAAGUAGUGCAGAAAACUGUCACUCGUAAGCAAAAUGUAACCGUGUCGGAGCAUACGUCUACAUCUGCUAAGCAAACAGAGAACAAGGCUCUGACACAAAAACAGAACAAAAAUACAAAGGGUUAUUACCAGAACCUUGAUCUUAGAGGGAAAGGUGUGAUCAAAAAGACAAACCCAGAGAUUCACUUCCCUCCUCCUCCCUCAUCACCACCUCCACCCUCCGAGUCUGAGCUCUCGCUUCCGCCACCUCCAUCACCGGUGUUGGAGAGUCCAGUAUCCCCGACAUCCUGUCCCCUUAUGAGGCAGGACACUGACCUAUCACCGCCUCCUCCACCGCCGCCACCUCCCAUAGAAUGUGUAAAAUCGGAACCGGAAUUUUUCCUUCCUCUUCCUCCUCCUCCGCCGCCUCCCCCUCAAACAACUGCUUCUGGACAAGACUUCCUUCCUCCGCCUCCCUCCCAGCAAGAGCUUAAUGCAGUGCCUCAGCCUCCCCUUGUAACCCUUGGGAAACCCAUCGGCAAGCCAUUAUUCAAAGUGCCCAAGCCGCCAGAGCCGCAAAAGCCGGCCAUACAAGUUAAGCCCAGUUGGCAGAAAAAGCAAAAAACCCCGAUAGCGCCUCCGAAUCUCCACCCUGAUCCAGAAUUGAAGGUGUCAACGGAAACCAAAAAGGAAAAUACAGUCCACCAAGUGAAAAAGGAAACAACUAAACAAAUUGAAACAAGCAAACAGAUUCAGCAUGAAUCAGCGUCAAUGUCAGAGGCUAAAAUCUCAAGGAGCACGUCUGAGAUGAAGCCACUGCAAACUGAAGGUGAGCAGCCACCUAAAAAAGUCUUUGUCCCUCCAAUCAAGCUCCCACCACCUCCUGAGCCUGCUCCAGCACCCAAACCAAGACCUUACGCUCGGAAAUUUAAAACGCCUCUCAUGAUCGCAGAAGAACGGUAUCGCCAGCAAAGGAUGGAGAAAGAGGAAACAGAGAUGUCUAAGGUUACCACUCCCACCUCACCAACAGGUCACAUUCAAGCAUCAUCUUCAGUCAGCACUGAGCUUUCCUCAACACAAAACACUGAAACAGAAGUGGCUGUGGAAGCAGCUACAGCAAAAACUGAAGUUAAACCUGUUUUCAAAGAAGAAACAUCACAAGAUAUAUCAGCCAAGAAAACCGCUUCCAGCAUCCCUCUGAGCAAGCCCUUGAUCUCAGUGGUAAAUAAGAAAUCAGCCCCUGGAUCUUCAAAUAUUUCCAUAGAUAAAAAACCAGAUGAGCGCCCCUCUGAAAAAAUAGUUGCCUCAUCUGAUUUCAUUAAAAAGAACCAAACAGCUUCCAAGAAUCAGACUGCUUCUGCAUCUGCUUUGCAUUCUCAACAUGAGGCCUCAAGUGUUGACGUCCAGACCGGCUCAAACGUAGUCACAUCCUCCAUCUCGGAGCAGCGGCAGCAGUUUGUUAAGAAAUCCAGCACCAGGUCUAUCGCUGCCCAUCAGAGUGCUGUUCAAGAAAAUGUAAAUCUUCAAAGCCAACCGGCGGUCACAUUGAAAGCUGAAGAUGUAAAGAAUGUUAAUGAGUCUCUGACACAAGAGGGGAAAAUGACUUCUUCCCAGCCCACUAAAAUUCCAAAGGUAACUCCAAGUUUCAAGGUGAAAACCUUUAAGAAGCCCACUGAGAAAAAGGAGGAGCAGUGUGAUUCUCUUGGGCAAAAGCAAGAAAUGAAAAGUCAAGUGCAUUUACAGCAAGAGAAAAGAUCGCUUUUACAGAGAACUGAAACAAAGGCGGCUCAGGAAAGCAAGCCAAUGACAUCAGCAAGGCACGAGACGAAAAUAGAAGUGACAGUAAAAGAGAAGCAAAAUCAGGUGAUGGCACCUGUGAAAGAAGUCAAAGUUGACUUGAAAAAGGGAAAACAGAUGCCCAAGAAUGAAGUGGCACAGUCCACAUCGGUUACUGUGUUAACGCCCGUGGAGGCUAAGAUAACAAUGGCAGCAACUCAUCAAGGACCGAGCGGCACAUCCGUCUCCAGCUCAUCUGUCUCUCACAGUCGGCAGAGCGUGAAGGCAAAGCACUUUCAAAAACAGAAGGUCGAGUUGGUUGUGAGUGGCAGCGGUGUGCAGCCAAACCAUCAGAGGCAAGAGGUGAUGCAAAAAGAGCAAACAGAAACUGCAGGAACCGAUAAAAUGCAAAUUAAAGGCACAGCACCAAAAGGUGAAACUAAGGAUACGACGGUGAAAGCAAAGGAGAAAAUCGUGCAUAAGGAUGCGACAGGAGAAAUCACAGAUUUUGAGAAAUGCAAUGCAAUGCAGAUGCUGUUGGCUAAAAUAAAAGAACUGGAGGAAGCACCAAACAAAAUAGACUCAAAUUAUGUCAGGAUGAUUAUAAGUGACAUUCCUGACUGGGUGAUGGGUUUGGAUGAGAAGAAGAAUAUGAGUGAAAUUGCUUUGCGCCAAAGUAAGAAAAAGUUAAAAGAACUGAUUUUCUAUGUGAAAAAUGUCACUCAAGCCAAGCUUAAAUGUAUAGAGGAAACUGUGACCGGAGUAAAACAGCAAAAAGAAAUAACACCACCACAUCCAGUGCUCCCAAAACCUGACAAGAAAGAUGCCAGUGGAGCAACUGCAAAAAUAUCAACAAUCAGUAUUGGCUCAUCCAAAAGUGAAAAGAAGGUGAUUGAAGAGAGAGUGCGUCAGGAGGUGACUGAGAUGGCGAAUGCCGAUCAGCGAGUAUCUUCCCCCUUAGCAAGUAUUCGUACACCAUCGCCCACAUUUAUUAGCAUUGAAUCAAUCAGGAGGACAGACUCCCCACUGAGAGUGACGCCAUCUCCACCUCCUUACAAAUCUACCAGGACCCCCCCACCUCCUCCUCAGAAGUCAUACACCCCCACAUCCAUGUUCAACAGGGCGACGCCUUCUCCCACCCUGAGCCGUUCAGAGAAGCUCAUCAAACUCAAGGACACCACUGCAAAAUUUUCUCGUGGAAUGACCCCGUCUCCCCCUGUCAUGGUGGUGGAACUUUUUGCAGAGGAAAGAGACCUGGCAUCUCCCAUGAGUGACAGAGAGCCGUACACAGAGAAGGAAGACCAUGGAUUAGUGGAUGCCACCAAUACGGGUGACUCCAUGAUGACCGUCAAGGAUAAAAAGUCUUUCUUUGAGGAAGCACAGAGGGCUGAGGUUAACAAGAUAUAUGUUCGGAGGGAUCCCAUUGACAUCCCAGAACGGCUCGGCCCUGAUGCUGAGGAAACCACGGGGGAGGUGACUGUGGAUCUUCUAAAAGAGGAUCUGCCAAGAGUUGACCUGUCUAAGCUGGUGAACAGAUUUGAAUCUCCACAACCUAAGAUUCAUGUCAGAAAAGAGCCUAUUGUCAUUGCCGAGAGGUUGGGGAGUGACCCAGAGGAUACAGAGGUGGACUCAAAAACUUCAAGAUCUGAAGACAUCCCUAUUUUGAAGGUUAAAGCGAUAAAAGAUGUUUUUGAGACUGGAGAACACAGUUCACAGGCGGCUAGAGAGCUAAGAGAACAAAUAGAAAGAAGAGAAGCUGUAUCACCUCAUCCUGAGCUGAUGGGUCACUCUGAAACCUCAUCAGUCACUCAGCAGUUCUGCAGCAUUGAUGACUAUGGAAACACAAAAAAGGAGACGAUAAGUGCAACAGCUUUACAUUCGGGGAGCUCUGUGACUCGCGGUAACCCUCCGUCUUAUGCCGAUGUGGUAAAAGGGAGAGUGCCAACGCUAUCUGUGCCCCCUGAGACCUCCACAGAGGAGCUGCUGAGGAACUUCCAGCAGUCUUGGGCAGAGAGACAAGGAGUUUUCCAGAAUCUGGGUUUCAGUGUCACGGAACAGACAACUUCGCAGAUUGUAACACACCAACAGGAGACUGUCGUGACGGAAAAUUCGAGUUCCAGAGUCCGAGCUGUGCAGGGUGUGUCGGAAGAGGGUGUACCCAAUGGAAUCGCUGAUUGCAGACAAACAAAACUUUCAUAAAAGCUGCUUCCGCUGUGAGCACUGCAAAGGCAAACUGAGUCUCGGCAACUACGCCUCUCUCCAUGGACGGAUGUACUGCAAGCCGCAUUACAAGCAGCUGUUCAAGUCCAAGGGAAAUUACGACGAGGGAUUUGGACAGAAGCCACACAAAGAACUUUGGAAUAAUAAGAAUCAGAAG